UUGUUGAAUAUCCUUGCCGUUCGACAAAGUGGCGAUGGAACAAACAUCACUUGUGGCAACUGUAACAAGACCAGCUCCAAUGUCCAUUACUGCUUUGAUUGUGCUCGAUUUAUGUGCCCUGAAUGUCUGAACGCACAUAAAAUUAUGCGCGACGCAUUCGAAGGACACAAAGUCAUGCCUGUUAAAGACUUCCAAGAUCAAGAUUACGAAGCUUUGUUAAAGCGACAGCCCUUUUGCACCAAGAAGUACCACGAGCGAGAGAUCACGAGAUUUUACUGCCUCCAGUGUCAAUGUUGUGUUUGCCAUCUUUGCAUCGUCACGGAACAUAAAAGCCAUGAGGUUAUUUUACUUGACGAAGCAGCUGACAACGAGAAAGGAAAUAUCAUGGCAGAUGUUUUAAUGAGCCGAACGAGGGAAAACGAUUUGAAGGAAACGAUUCGACAGUUUCACCACACAGCUUCCAAGCUGCGAGACAAUGCUCAACUCGCUAAACGCGGAGUUUCUCAAGAAGCCGAGCAGAAGAUCGCAGAGAUUCGAGAGCGCGAGCGACAAGCCAUUGAAUCAAUCGAGACAACGUACGUGACGAGACUCCAAAAAAUCAACUCGACUCGACAGGCAGUAGAAUCUCUGAUGAAACAAAACAAUAAAGUCGCCGACUUUGCCGAAAACUUGGUGCAGAAAAGCUCGAGCUGUGAUAUCAUGCAAAACAAGCACAAUUUGAAACAGAGAUUUGAGGAGCUUCGAGAAAUCCAAGCUGCACAACACCAUCAGACCUCGUUCAUCAAGUUUUACCCCACUCCUGCUGUGGGCUUCAACUUGGGGGACAUCGCCACCGAAAACAUAGCAGACGCAAGUUGGUCCACUCUAGAGGGACUGGAUCAAACUUUUCAGGCUGGUUUAGAGGCAAAGUUUAUUUUAUGCCCCAAAACACCUGAUGGAGAAAUAAGUAACCAGCCUGAUCUCAAACAGCAAAUUGAAGUUCUCAUACAACCAGCCAAAGAUGUCACACAAGUCACUGUUUGCAACACAGACAACGGGAGAUUCGAGGUAAAAUUUAUACCCAUAGUACCCGGUGCUUACAGCAUUGAAAUGAAGAUUAAUGGAGAUACACUCGCCAACUCUCCGUUCACUGUGGCGGUGAAGGAGCGUGAACUUAUCGUGGUCGGUGAGUUGGAUCUGGAUUUAUUAGAAGGAGAGCAGGUCGGCCAUCUAUUUGGAAUCGCGGUAAAUGCGAUAGGGAAUAUUGCGGUAACUGACAUUUGUAAAAACUGUGUUUACAUAUUCGAUAAAAAUGGUAAAUGUCUGAGAAAAAUUGGAGUUAAAGGGCAAUUUAAAGACCCAUGUGGCGUGACAUAUUUGAACGAUGACGAGAUUCUAAUUACAGACACAGUUAACAGCAGAAUACAACAAAUUAAUAUCCAGACAGGAACUGUUGUGAAAAACUUUAGGAAAAGCAAGCGUAGGAAAGGUUUAUCGCCCAUUGAUGUUUGUUUGGAUAAAGAACGUCGCAUUGUUGUAACCGAGUUUUCGAUUGGUAGCAUACAGGUGAUGUCACGUGAGGGAGAGACUAUUUCUAUCUUUGGAAACAUCGGCCCAGAAAAAUUAAAUAACCCAAAGAGCUGUUUGCCUUACAAAAACAACUUUUUCGUCUCCGAUAGCGGAGAUCAAUGCAUCAAGGCUUUCGACAAUUCCGGAACAUUCUUACACAAGUUUGGCAAACUAGGGAAUCAAGAUGGACAAUUUAACUACCCGAAUGGUUUGCUUAUCGACAGCUCCAAUAAUCUUCUGGUAUGUGAUCAGAACAAUAAUCGAGUUCAGCAGUUUUCUCUGGACGGUCGCUUCACCGGUAAAAGUAUCACUCAUUUACCUUAUCCUCGUGGAAUAGCAGCAACACCAGAUGGACGUAUUCUCGUGACUACCCUUACAAAAAUUUCCAUAUUAAAGUAACUGUUUCAAUAGACACUUAUUUACUUCGCAAUUUGUACUCUACUUCUAAUGGCCCGAACUGUUUCUUUGCUAAUGUGCAAUAAUCGGAGACUGGAAUUUGUAAGUUAAUUCUUCAUCUCAAAGAAGCUUUGUCAAAUAAAACUGAACUAAUUAGCUUUCGGAUUUCAAAUUUGGUUUACUGGUGGCGUUUAUGCAUAUUCGCAAUUAUGUAGCACAUGUAAAUAUUAAAGGAUUCUGAUUGUCAAAGAAUAUUUUGCAUUUGAUACGUCGCGCUAAAUACAUUAUUUUCUUUCGAUAACUUGGCAGUAUUUGCAUAUUUAUUGCUUUCUGCUAUUAGAAAGGGCGACACGUGUUAGGUGCUGAAAUAGAAGAGUACUAUGUGACAUCCAGCUCUUGUUAAGCCUCGCUCCCGGAAAAAAAAAAACAAAAAAAAACCAAACCCUUUUUGACUUUGCGAGGUUGAAGGAUAACUUUUUGAAGUUCUUAUUGUCUUAUUACUUGAAGGCGCCUGUAAGACUGUUCUUAAUUGUUCUUCCCAUUGUUGCAGUGAAAAAGAGGAAAUAGGAAGAGGAUGUUUCUGAGACAUCAAAAUCUGCCUUUAUUUGGCAGAUGGUCAUUGCAAAAAUAAAUUCUAAUGGACCAAAAUAUAUUCAACAAAUAAAGAAGCCUUGACUGUGCUCUGUUCUAUAGUAAAGCAACUCGGCUAGCAAGAGGUAUCAAUAUCGAGCGUUUCUUAUUAGCCAUGCUCUAACUCUUGAGAGUGAAUGACCAUUUCCAACGUUCUCAACGAUGAAUGCAGUUAUGAGUACUGUUUAACAAUUUCGCUACCCCAAAUUCUGCAAUCUGAUCGGCUACGCUACUCGUUAUCUAAUCCUUGAUAGACGGUGAGUAAAGUGACAAGGCUUAAAAAGCUCUUGUAUCUUACAACCGCAAUCAUAUUGCAGGAUUUAUGAUAAACCACUGAUAGAUUUAAAUAAAUACUGUUUGCCCUCUGACGAAGGGCUAACGUUCGAAUCACUACUUACUAUUUCUGUGUUACCUUGCGUUGCUACUGCUGUGAUCUGCUUGACUCUUUCCAGGUCAACCUUGAUCCACUGUAGAUCCCUGCUGGAAGCACAGCACGCUCUGAUUUGCUUGCGAUCCUGAUCAUCCUCAAAAUACAAACGUGCAUUACUUGCACUGGCUACGCAACCACCACCUUGAUAUACAGACAUAAGAUUGGUCAACCUGUGGGUGUGGUAGAUCUUUUAAGCUAACGAACAUACUCAAAUAAUGUGAUGCCCAUCAGAGAUGAAUGCCAAUAAGAAUGUGAAUUUCUAUCUGAACAAGCAUGAAAAUGAGACGCUCAUGUUAUAGAGAAUUAUUCGUUUCAGUACAUUUUGUAAAUGAGGUUGAAUAAAGAUAAAAGGAUUGGAAAAGGGAAAUUAAGAUAGAAAAUUUGACAAUACUGAGUUGUGUUUGAUUUUGGUUCGAUGGAGCGAUGUAAAAUUUUACAAAAAUCAUAGUUCGAGAUGUUUUGGUUUUUGUUCCUAUUUCGAUCCUUGCCAUGUAAAUAGAAUUGCCGGUAACCAAGAGAUUAUAAGCAGUUUAUAUUCUCGUGCUGGUAACAAAGUACUAAAAGAGAAAUGAAAAUGCAUACCUGGGGCCAUUCUGAUGAGGCACUGAAGGCGCUGUUUGGGAGUUUGUAAUCAAAACUAAGACCAAGAGAACUUGCGCAAGAUCCUGGCAAAGGUAAAACAGCAAAUUAAGUCCUGACUUUUUUUAAAAAGAAACAGUACUGGGUUACUGUGCGUUAUUGAACAAAAAUCGUUCUCAAAAUGUGGAGAACUGUCUAGCCUUAGGGCCUCUUAUCGUCAAUUCGGUUUUCAUCACCAGCAAGGGUGCUAAGAUGUACCUUUUCUACGAACCCGUUUUGCCAGUUUGCACAAGCAUGAGGUUUUCCCUUUCACUCCCAAGAUCUAAAUAUAAAUUCUAUUUACUGCCUUCUAUACGUUUUUGAGUCACGUUGGCUGUAAGAGUUUGUUGUUAAAUCAAACAAUUUUCCCUACUUGGUAUUUUCCAUUCUUUUCACCACUUUCCUGCCCGAAAAUAUAUUAAUGUCGUAUGGCCCUUGACGAUAGAUUGUCUAUGAAGCUACGACUUCGCCCAAUUUCAACCUUUUAACUCCCAGGAGUGACCAAGACAGAAUUUCUCCCUACAAUAUCAAUAUAAUAUCAAGCAGACGAGCGAUGAGAACAAUCUCCUUUCCUUGAUAACUUUAACACAACUUUCAUUCUUGUUGAGUGUCAUUUUAUGCCAUAACCCGUUUCCAGGCCUGGUUUGAAUAACAUACCGUCUCUACUCGAUUUAUAUCAUCCUUUUCAUUCGACUGCUUUAAAAUCGUCGCAUCCUUUGAUUCAAUGAGCAAACAACAAAAUUUUAUUUUUUAUCCGCGUUAGUAUGAAAGAUCAAGUUUCCAACAGUUGUAUAUAUUUGAGGAUAGACCGUGGGGAGGUUUAGGCGCGUAAAAGAUAGGAAAGAAAAAUAAAUAUUGAAAAUCUCUAAAUGCUUUAAGAAUUCGCUGAUUAAUAAUAGAAAAUACUAUUUCGAAGUACCUCUACAUACCCAGACAGACCAACACGAAAUGAGAAAAAACUAAGAGUUAGUUACUUUUUAAAAUUGGAAACAUCGGUUGACUCUUGGGCGAUGUUCCCAUAUGAUAUGUAAAGACGUCUUUCCUUUUUCUGUAUAAUUUUGACACCAGAAAUAUUGAACCCGUGAACAGUGAAUUGAACUUGGCUGACUCACUCAUCAACUUUCUUUCAUUUUAAGGAAUUGAUCUUAUAGCUAGUGUCAAAUAACAAUAAACCGUUCCUUCCAAAUAGUCAACAUUCAGUUUUAAAAUAGCCUGAAUUCAACCUUCCACCAUCGAAAGCCAUAUUGCUCGAAUGAAUGAGCGCCGCACUGAGAGUAAUCCCUUCUCACCUGCGCGACGUUCCGCCUCAUCCCAGAGGAGGGGGAGUGGGGGAUGUUUGUAAGAACCCUGCAGACCAUUUUUUUAGACCAAUAAAUCUGAAAAAAGAAGAGUUUGUUUUCCUACUUGCCGACGGCAAUAUCUAAAAGUGAAGGCUUACUAAUAGCUCCAGUGAAUAAACUAUCUUAGAUAAAAUACUCUCCAUGACCGUGACGAUAGAAGACGAUACCCAAUCAACUUCACUUUCAAACUCAAAUUAGCUUCAGUUUUAUUGGUCAGGACUCAGUUAUAUAAAGGGUGGAUAACACUAUUAAACUGAUAAAUCGCUAUCCAGCGGAUAAGUGAUAGCCCAGUUUCUAAAAUAUAAUUAGUUUCAAUUCAGAAGGUCACUCGGCUACAUCCUGUUUGUCUCGGAAUUUUACACGGUUUGCUGUGAGCGUUUAGAAAAACACGCAAAAGUGAGUCAAAAACAAGGAAAAUUUCGACGCCCCGAGUGUCAGACAGAAAUGUAUAUACCAAAAGGAAAUUGUUUCGAAGCGUUGCCUAAAUCGAGGGCGGACUACAAUGACCACUGAAUGCAUCAUUCUUAAAUGUUUAAAACAUAAUCAACCCUUUAACCCCUAAAAGUGACCAGCAUCUAAUUUCUCUUUAUAGUAUCACCCCUAAAUAAGACAUUAAGAUUAUGAGAAUAUUGAAAAGAAGAAUAUUCAAAAAGCAGAGGAGCUCUUGAUUGUUAAGCAAAAUCUCCUUGUUAGCGCCUUAGGAAAUGUAUAAAAAACAGUAUGGAGAAUAUGCAUACUGAUCUUAGGGUGUAAAGGGUUAAUGAAAUGAAUCAGCUUAAAUCCAAAAUAACGUAAGCGAGAAAUUGCUUCAAAGCGUUGCCUUAAUCAAAGGCGGACUACAAUGAACACUGAAUGCAUCACUCACAUGUUUCAAACAUAAUUAAGAAACAGAUCACCUUAAAUCCACGCGUCAAUUUUUGACCUGACAACGUAAGCGAGAAAUCAGUAAUGUGUGAAAACAUGCAGACAAUCAAAACGAAAAAGAAAUCUAAUCGGCCAUGAUCUUCUACAAAAAAAGACUGACUGCGUGAUGAUGCCCCAGUUUCUAAAUAUAUUUAGCUUCAGUUCACAAGGUCAAUCAGUUACAUCCUGUUUUUCUCGGAACUUCAAACAAUAGCUUUUUCAGAGUGCGUUUACAAGCAAUCAUCUCGUAUGUUUACAAUGGAGUCCUUCAUGAGAAACCUCACGAAACAAGUUACUUGCUCAAUUUGUCUCGAGACCUUCAAAGAACCGAAAAUUAUAUCGUGUUUUCACACGUUCUGCUGUGAGUGUUUGGAAAAACACGCAAGAGUGAGCCAAAGACAUGGAAAAUUCCAAUGCCCCGAGUGUCAGGCAGAACUCCUCUUACCAGAAGGAAAUCGCUUCGAAGCGUUGCCAACCAGUUUUUUUCACAACAGUUUGUUGAAUAUCCUUGCCGUUCGACAAAGUGGCGAUGGAAAAAAACAUCACUUGUGGCAACUGUAAGAGGACCAGCUCCAAUGUCCAUUACUGCUUCGACUGUGCUCGAUUUAUGUGCUCCGAAUGUCUGAACGCACACGAAAUUAUGCGCGACGCAUUCGAAGGACACAAAGUCAUGUCUGUUACAGACUUCCAAGAUCAAGAUUACGAGGCUUUGUUAAAGCGACAGCCCUUUUGCACCAAGAAGUACCACGAGAGAGAGAUGACGAGAUUUUACUGCCUUCAGUGUCAAUGUUGUGUCUGCCAUCUUUGCAUUGUGACGGAUCAUAAAAGCCAUGAAGUUAUUUUGCUCGACGAAGCGGCGGACAACGAGAAGGGAAACAUCAUGGCGGAUGCCGUAAUGAGCCGAACAAGGGAAAACGAUUUAAAGGCAACGAUUCGACAGUUUCACCACACAGCUUCCGAGCUGCGAGACAAUGCCCAACUCGCUAAACGAGGAGUCUCGCAAGCAGCAGAGCAGAAGAUCGCAGAGAUUCGAGAGCGCGAGCGACAAGCCAUUGAAUUAAUCGACACAACGUGCGUGACGAGACUCCAAAGAAUCAACUCGGCUCAGGAGGCUGUUGAAUCUCUGAUGAAACAAAACGACAAAGUCGCCGACUUUGCCGAAAACUUGGUACAGAAAAGCUCAAGCUGGGACAUCAUGCAAAACAGGCACAAUUUGAAACAGAGAUUUGAGGAGCUUCGAGGAAUCCAAGCUGCACAACACCAUCAGAACUCGUUCAUCAAGUUUUACCCCGCUCCUGCUGUGGGCUUCAACUUGGGCGACAUCGCCACCGAAGACAUAGCAGAUGCAAGUCGGUCCACUCUGGAGGGACUGGAUCAAACUCUUCAGGCUGGUUUAGAAGCAAAGUUCAUUUUAUGCCCCAAAACACCUGAUGGAGAAAUAAGUAACCAGCCUGAUCUCAAACAGCAAACUGAAGUUCUCAUACAACCAGACAAAGAUGUCACACAAAUCACUGUGUAUAACGCAGAAGACGGUAGAUUCGAGGUCAAAUUUAUACCCAAAGUACCCGGUGCUUACAGCAUUGAAGUGAAGAUUAAUGGAGAUACACUCGCCAACUCUCCGUUCACUCUGGCGGUGAACGAGCGUGAACUUACUGUGGUCGGUGAGUUGGAUCUGAAUUUAUUAGAAGGAGAACGGGUCGACAAUCUAUUUGGAAUCGCAGUAAAUACGAAAGGGAAUAUUGCCGUAACUGACUAUAUUAAAGACUGUAUUUACAUAUUCGAUAAAAAUGGUAAAUGUCUGAGAAAAAUUGAGGUUAAAGGACAAGUUAAUGGCCUACAUGGCGUGACAUAUUUGAACGAUGACGAGAUUUUGAUUGCAGACACAAAUAACGGCAGAAUACAACAAAUUAAUAUCCAAACGGGAACUGUUGUGAAAACUUUAGGAAAAGUAGGUGCAGGAAUUGGAGAGUUUUCUUUCCCAACUGGUGUUUGUUUGGAUGAAGAACGUCACAUUGUCGUAGCCGAC